CCCUACUUGAAGAAAGUCGUGUCCGCCUUCAGAGUGGCAUCACCGGCGGAAACAAAGCUCCAUGCGCAAGAGGCUAAAACCGGGUUCAUCAUCGAACAGACACAGCACGGAAACUUUGCUCCGAACGACUUUCUCGAUCGCGAGACCUCCACGUUCUAUCAGAAACUGUUGGACGAUGUCUACUUUCAAAAUUGUGCCGCCCUCAGCACGAAAACCAAUCCACUAAGGGCUUCACUGAACGACUAUAUACUGCGCGUGCAGCAGUCUGGCAUCCUGUAUCACUGGGGAACAAUGACCGCCAUCCGCUACCUUCCGACGGAAGUGUUCCGCAAUAUCGCCAACGCACGUCAGCAUCUUCACGACGGGGACGCUGCUCCCCUCGAGAUCGGCCAUUUCCUAGGCGCGUUUUUCAUUUUGGGCUAUGGAUUGCUGUUCGCCGGAUUAGUUUUUCUUGUGGAACUAUGGGGCACUAAGGUGACCCGUCGCUUGAAAAACCGUUUGACGUAA